CGUGUCCUCUCCGGUCGCGAUGCCGCGUUCGAUGCCGGUCCGCUGUGUCCUGUUUUGCGUUGCUGCUGUCGCGGAGACGUCGGCUGACACGUUUGCGCGGCGGAAAUACAAAGCGACGCGCGGAUGAAGAGAACGAACCCCAGCGUGGCGGUUUAGAGGGAGCCCCGCAGAGCUUCCGCUCUCGCGCCUCCGAGUCCGCCCGCUCUAUGAUGGCGAUGUUUCGGAGCUUCGCGUCUGCCGGAGCUCAGCUCCGCCAGCAGCAGCAGCCCAGCAGCGGUGCACCUCCUCUGGCUUCUCCGGUGGACAGCGUCGAGAGCCAGUUCUCUUGCCCCAUCUGCCUGGAGGUUUACCACAAACCCGUCAGCAUCGCAAGCUGUGCACACACGUUUUGUGGGGACUGCUUGCAGCCAUGUCUUCAGGUCACUUCUCCUCUCUGCCCACUCUGUCGCAUGCCCUUUGACCCCAAGAAGGUGGACCGGUGCGCCAGUGUGGAGAAACAGCUGGCCGCGUACAAGGCCCCCUGCAGGGGCUGUAGCAAGAAGGUGGCUCUGGUAAAGAUGAGGGCCCAUAUUACUUCCUGUCCCAAGGUUCAGGAGCAGAUAGCCAACUGUCCCAAGUUUGUCCCCGUUGUACCCACUUCACAACCUAUACCCAGCAACAUCCCCAACCGGUCAACAUUUGUGUGUCCCUUCUGUGGAGCCAGAAACCUGGACCAGCAGGAGUUGGUGAAGCACUGUAUGGACAACCACCGUAAUGAUCCUAAUAAAGUGGUGUGUCCAGUCUGUUCGGCCAUGCCAUGGGGAGACCCCAGCUACAAGAGUUCCAACUUCCUCCAGCACCUCCUUCACAGACACAAGUUCUCUUAUGACACUUUUGUGGACUACAGCAUCGACGAAGAGGCAGCGCUGCAAGCCGCCCUGGCGCUGUCCCUCACCGAAAACUAGCAACGCCGCCGCAGUCCUCUGAUCUCGCCGUCACCCCAUCGUCACCUUGCUGCCGCUCCCGAAUGGCUCCCAGCCCACUGCCCAACCUCCUCCAACCAGCAAACAUCUGCCCAAAUAGGUGCAUUUCAGCAUUUUUUUGGGGGAUAGAGCCCCAUAUUCAACACAAACAAGCUUUUGUGAUGCCAACCAGUCAAAUAGCCGUGCCCGACACCCAACUUGGUCCAUUCCAGUCCAUUUAUAUUUCCAGAUAAUGAUGAGCUCACGUCCCUUUCAUUUGCAGAAGGGAAGGGUCUUCUGUUAGGAUUGGUUUCGCACACAACCUUUCCACACAGCACAGUAUUUAUUACAUGGACAAAAGGGGGGGGGGGGGCUAUGUUUCCCUGGAUUUUUUUUCCUGCUCUUUUUGGACCUCGUGACGUGAAAUUAACAGUGAUCCAAUAGGUCGUGAAUCGGUCACCUUGUCAGAGGAGGUGCCUCGGGCUCAGCAUUCUGCUUCCAUCCAUGUACACAAUACCCGUCAUGCUUUAGUGAUGUAAAAAAAAAAAAUCCCUCUCCAGGGCCUUGAAACGCUCCUGCCCACUCACGUGAAGAAUGCAUCUCGCUGAAGACUGAUGGAUGCAGUAAAUCUGGCGGACCGCUGCAGCACAGGCGGCUUUCAAGUCCACAGAAACCGUCUUGGAGUUUGAAGGAUCCUGGAAACUAAUGAGAGCGUGUAAACGGAUGUACUCUUAAAACUCCAGGAACAACCCAAAGUAUUGUCUGCUUUGUAGUGGAGAAAAUGGUGUU